UGGAAGACAAAAACUGUUUCCAGUAUUUUAUGACUUCAUAUUUGCAUAUCUUGAUUGCAGUUACUUGGUUGGAUGCAUCGCAAGUUAAGGACUAGUGAAGCACUCAAGGAUUUUGCCAUUGGGGUAAGUCAUGUUUCUAAUCCGACCUCUAUGAGUUGAGUUGGUUCGACUUUUUCAAUAUAUUGGUUCGGCUCUAGGUCUUAAAAUCAUCAACCCGACAUGAACGGGUUGGGGCGCUGUUUAAGCCACGCUUAAACUGAAGCAAUCCAAGAUCCGAAUCUAUAUAUAUUGCAUAAAAUUCUAAUGUUGUUGACAUGUCUUUAUGUAAUUGGUCUAUUGCAAAUACUAAGGUGGACUUGAUUGCACCUGAUCAUUUCAUAAAUAAGAGAAACGUAAUGUGUAAUAUAAUCUUUCAUUUCCUACCUUCAUCCACUACACUACUACAAGCUGAGCCGCUGCGGGUGAUUUCUCUAUUCUUGGCAAUCGUCUCCGAACAAUAUUUUGCAAACAAUAUUAAAUUUUAAAACAGUACUUUGUUGCUCUAUGUCUGUGUUACGUUAAAAUGUUUAAGAUUUGUUUAUUCUAAUCAUUUAUUGCUGAUUGAUUCACUUAUUUUAGUAUAGUGGAACUACGGUUCCAACCCAAACAAACCCGAUGCUAAAUCGGGUUGGCUUGGUUUGGUUUUGGUUCCAGUGCAUGAUUGGUUCUGUCCUGCACCCAAAAACCUGGGACUGAUCAUGAUUCGUUUGGUUCUGAGUUUAAGGCUAACUAGAACCAAAGCAACCCAUGUGCACGCCUAAUCAUAUUUUUUCCAAUGGUAGUCAUAUUCACCUUUAUCCCAAUUAUUUAACAUUUCUUCAGUCAUGGAAUUCUUCUAAUUGUCUUUCAGAGAAGCCAUCACUGGAUGAGCAGCAGUACGACAUGAAGGCAAACUAUGGUACUAAGACCUUAGGCAAAUCACAGAGAUGCAACCAUCUUCGAAAAUCAUUUGCCAUAGAAGAAGAUAACUUUGAAGAAGAGUCAUCGGCUGCGAUUUCUCAGCUCUUCCAUGGCUUCCUUACCAUUGGUACUCAUGGUUCAGACACAGUCAUCGCUGACCCAUCAUCAACACCAACAUUCGCCAUCUCUGUUGAGAACAUAACUGAAAAAGAAAUAGAAGUAACAGAGCAUGAUUUGAAGCUGAUUAAUGAUGAGUUGGAGAAGGUGCUAGGAGUUAAAGGUAAAGAAGAUGGUUGCAAUGACUCAUCUGGGAGAAACAGUCAUGUUAGCACCAUUACACUGAGUGGCAAGACAUUGGAAGGCACAGAGACCAGUGGGAACAGAACAACAAUGUGUCCACUCCAGGGCUAUCUGCUUGGGUCUGCGAUUGAGUUGCCAGAAACAAAGAAGGAACAUAGAACAUCACUUGGGGAGCUGUUUCAGAUGACAAAAAUGACAGAGGAAAAUUCUGUCGCUAAAUGCGAGAGCGGAGAAAAAGAAGGCAGACAAGGAAACAAAUAAAUCUGCUAUACGUCUCAUGAAAAAGAUACUGAAGAAAAGAAUGGUCCAUGAUUCCUCUCGGACCUCCACCACAGUGACUGGGGGAAAUGUUAUCUCUGCUUCAUUGGAGACGAAACUGCAUAAGAUCCUCCACAUGUUCCACAAGAAAGUCUAUCCUGAAAACUCAACUUCUGCAUGGAAAUCAGAUAAGCCCCACAAGAAUGAACCAAAGAACAACAUCACCUAUGAGGAGGGGUACUAUGACGGAGAUUAUACGCACCCAGGGGAAGAUAUCAUAAUAUUUCCCCAUACAGCCCUUUCAAAAGAGAGCAUAUGAUGCUUCAAGAGACACUCAAACCCAUCACAACUCACAAUCAGUGGAAGCAAUUCAAAUGGGAACAGCGAAAACUGGAUCAAUACAGAUGCAGACUGUAAGUACACAUAUAGCUACCUUUCCCAAAAUCUAUUUUAUGCUCCAGACUUCAUGGUGAUUAUAAUUUGAUUAUAGAAACUAAAUUCUGAGCCCACAGAAGUUGGCAUUUACACUAUCACUUUUGGACUGAUGAAGUUGUACAUCCUUCAACUUCUAUUCUUGAUAAGGACAAAGGAAAGACUUAGUUUAUGGGUUCUGUCAGAUAUAAUGAUCUCCUUCUAACUGGCCUCAUGUAUUAUGGAUUUAAUUAUUCGAGUUGUGCAACUAUUUUGGUUAUUAGUCUGAUUCAAUUCUAUUAUUUGCACUGCAGACUUCGUGCUGGAGCAAUAGAAGGAAGAAGCGCUCUUAAAGUGCGGU